AUGAAAGAAGUGAAAACUCAGAGAGAUUGGCAUGACAUCGCCUUUCGCUUAUCAGGUAUGGUGUUCAAGAUGAUAUGACGAUUUAUUUACUCGCCUAAGCCGCGCUGUUUACCACGCAUCUUAACUGAUGCAAGUUUUAAUUGAGAGAGAAUGAUUGUUCAUACGAGAGUGUCGCGAAGAAUAGUAAAAUACUCUGACAAUUUAAUUGCUAAGAAUUCGAGAACAAGGCUCGUCUUCGACCAGAUAUCUUCCUUCAAAAUAAGAGCAUUUUUGAAGCAAAUGGAUCCAAGCUGUAGUCGAGCCAGGGUCUUUUGACGAAGUGACGCCAUUUUCACAUCUUACUGGUUCGUGUCUACAUCCGACGAAUAUCGAAAAGUCGUUGUUAGAGAUCAUGAAGAGAAAUACGGCAGUUUUGAAAUACUAGUUUUCAAAUAGAUUUGUUUCUGAGAUUACAGUUUCAUUGGUGGUUACUUUCUCUUAAGCCUUCCGACACGCGUGUUUUUUUCGCUCAUCCUUUUGUUCUGAGAAGCUGAAGCUCAUUAUAUCCGGUUGUCUUUUUACAUUGCAGCUCUUUGUGGAGGAUUUGAAAAAUACGACAUCGUGGAAGAUACAGGCCUUAGUGCUAAGAAUAGAAGAAAAUCUUCCCAAGAAAGACCAAAUGACCAAGACUUAAUCAGGAGAGGCUCUCUUCCCCAAGCACGUAAGAAAGGAACUCAGGCUCCACUCCAAGACUCGCGUAUUUCCCUCACCAAAAGAAGUUUGAGUGACGGGGUAGUAGUUGUAGAGAAGAACACGGAUUUUUCAACAAGAAAAAUCGACAGAUCGCCCAAAUCACACUCACUGGACUUAGACGUCUCGUCUUUCGACUUCAGCGAGCUCAGGAGCUCAAGUUUAUGCUCUACGGAGUUAUAG